UAGAAAUCCUGCUGCGACUUGCUGAGGUUUUUGAGUCUUUCAGCUCUGUCUGUAGAUGGCGCCCUCUCUCGUUAAAAUGUGGCUCCCUCUCGAACACAGGCAACAGGUUGUGACCGGCGCUCUAUAAACAUCAGAAGGCUUUGAGAGGCAGAGAGAGAGAGCUCCCUCACACACUCUCUCUCUCUCUCUCACACACACACACACACACACACAAGCCUCUCAAGACAGGGAGAAACUAGCGAGCAGGAGUCUUCCCGUUUGGCAAUGUACUUGCAGUCAGAUCCCCUACUCCUCUCCAUCAGGUUGCACUGAGACACAGACACACAGGGAGACAGAGAGAGAGACCAGGGGAACACAGCUAUCGCUGUUUUUGCUUCUGUACAGUGGGAACGGCCGGGGAUAUUCUCUCUGAAAUGCGGAAAGUGUACGUGGGUGAAACUAUCAUCUAGCAGGCUCCGAUUCUCCGAAGUGAGAAUUUGCUGGAAUGCGAUUAGAGUGGACUUAUUGAAGGUGAUGGAUCUAAUCCAUACUCCGGGGGUAGCGGGGCUCCUCUCUCUCCUGCUCCUACUGUGGCCCGUGCCCCCUUGUCAGGCACAGAGCGUGGUGAAAUUUUCCCUCCCAGAGGAACAGCCGCCGAAUACCCUGAUCGGGAACCCGGGUGAGACCCUGGGGCUAGACAAGAUCAACAGACUGUUCAAGCUGGAGAUUGGCACUCCUUACCUGCGAGUGGACGAGACUGGAGGGAACCUGUACACCACUGAGACCCCCAUAGACAGGGAGGAGAUGAACUGUGAGAGACCCCUGGAGUGUUUCUUAGAGUUUGAGGUCUCAGUGACCAACACUCUGUUCAACUCAGUGCCGAUACUGAUGGAAGGCAAGAUUCAUAUUCUGGAUAUCAAUGACAACACCCCCAGCUUUAGCUCACCGGUUAUUUCCAUCUCUAUCCCAGAGCACACUACAGCGGGUACUAUUGUCAAUAUCCCCACUGCCACUGACCGUGAUGCUGGCACAAACGGAGUGGCCAGUUAUGAGCUUCUUGGCAAUGAAGCCCAUGGUUUGUUUAGCUUGCAGGUAGCUGAGGAACACGGUGAGAAGCUGCCCCAGCUGAUAGUGACUGGGCACUUGGACAGAGAGCAGAGGGACACCUAUGACCUGACCAUCCGAGUGGUGGAUGGGGGAAAACCCUCGCGGGCCAGCACAGCUAUCCUCCGCAUUACUGUGCUGGACAUCAACGACAACGCCCCCAAGUUUGAGCGGUCCUCCUAUGAAGGCACGGUGGAAGAGAACAGCCCAGUUGGCACCUCCAUCCUCCAGGUGAGAGCUAAUGACCUGGACUUGGGUGACAAUUCCCAGAUUGAGUACACGUUCGCCCAGGCUGCUGAGAGUGCUCGCCGCUUGCUCAGGCUGGACAAAAGCAGUGGCUGGAUCACGGUGCAGGGACCGGUGGACCGUGAGCAGAUUAACCAGUUCAGAUUCUUUGUCCAUGCCCGAGACAAGGCCCCCAUUCCCAAACAGGACAGGGCUGCAGUGACCAUCACCGUCAGGGACAAGAAUGAUAAUGCCCCCACCAUUGAGAUUCGUGGCAUUGGGCUGGUCACCCACAAGGAUGGGGUUGCGAACAUUGAUGAGGAUGUGCCUGUUGACUCCCCUGUGGCCCUGGUCCAGGUUUCAGACAGGGAUGAAGGUGAGAACGCAGCUGUCACAUGCAUUGUAGCUGGGGACGUACCCUUUCAGCUGAAACCAGCCAGUGAGCCCAGCAGUGAGAGAAAGAAGAAAUUCUUCCUGCAGACCACCACGCCACUGGAUUACGAGUCUGUCCAGGAUUACCUGAUUGAAGUUGUGGCAGUCGAUUCUGGAAACCCACCGUUAUCCAGCAGCAACACUCUGAAAGUGCAGGUGGUAGACGUGAAUGACAACCCUCCAAUCUUCACUCAAAAUGUCAUCCGGGUCUCCAUCCACGAAAACAACCAGCCGUACAUUCCUAUCGUCAAAGUGGAGGCCACAGAUGCUGAUAGUGGCAGCAAUGCUGAGCUGGCCUACUCUCUACAGCCAGACCCUUCCAUCAGCGGCUUAUUUGACAUCGACGCAGACACUGGAGAGAUUCGGGUCAAUACCAUUCUUGACCGUGAGCUGAAGGAGCAUUAUGAGUUCAAGGUGGCUGCAGCAGAUAAGGGCACCCCCAGCCUUAAAGGUACAGCCACGGUAGUGGUCAGUGUACUGGAUGAAAAUGAUAAUGACCCAAAAUUCAUGCUGAAUAGCUACAGUUUCUCGGUGCGAGAAAAUCUCCCUCCAUCGAGUCCAGUUGGCAUGGUCACUGUGUCGGAUGCAGAUAAGGACAUGAAUGCUCAAAUAUCUCUCUUUGUGGAUCCGGAUAAUGGUGAGUUUGAGAUACAAAAUGGUACGGGCACCAUCCUUUCCCGUGUCUCCUUUGACCGAGAACGUCAAAGUACCUACACCUUCCAGCUGAAGGCAAUAGAUAGUGGGAACCCUCCAAGGUCAGCUUACGUCAGUGUCACCAUCAACGUUUUAGAUGAAAAUGACAACACUCCCGUCAUCACCCAACCUUCCAAUUCCUCCUUCCAGCAUAUCAACCCCCUCGCUCAAAUAGGGACAUCGGUGGAGCAGGUAAAGGCUGAAGACAUGGACAUUGGAACCAAUGCCAACUUGACAUACAGUAUUGUAGGUGGGAAUCCCUUUGGCCUGUUCCAUAUCUCUCAUGAUGGAAGCAUAUUGUUGGACAAGGAAAUUUCACGGAGACACUACGGCUUGCACAGGCUUGUGGUCAGGGUGAAGGAUGGAGGUACACCAUCUCGUUUUGCUACAGCACUAGUGCACAUUUAUGUAAAUGAUACAAUGGGAAACGUCAGCCAAGUGGAGGCUUUGGUGGGCCACAGUCUCAACACACCACUUGAUGUGGACAUUGCAGGAGAUCCCGAGUAUGAGAAGAGUAAGCAGCGAAGCAACGUCUUGUUCGGAGUGAUCGCUGGGAUUAUUGCCGUCAUAUUGGUGAUUGUGAUCGUGGUAUUGAUCCGUUACUGCAGGCAGAAGGAAGCCAAAAGUGGCUAUCAGGCUGGCAAAAAAGAAAACAAGGAUCUGUAUGCUCCAAAACAGACCAAUAAAAAUGCUAAGCACAAAAUCAAGAAAAACAAACCCCCAAAACCCACCAAACCACUGGAGGAUGAUGAGACUGGAACCCAAAGGGGAUUACAGUUCAACUUGAUCAAUGAAUCCAGCAGCGACAGUCCACGGAUUCAUCUACCACUAAACUGUAACCCAGGGAGCCCUGACCUUGGAAGACACUACAGGUCGAACUCUCCACUGCCAUCCAUUCAACUGCACCCACAAUCACCCACUGCUGGGAAGAAGCACCAAGUUGUGCAAGACCUUCCAGCUACUAACACCUUCGUUGGGACUGGGGACAACAACUCGACUGGCUCCGACCAGUACUCUGAUUGCAGUUACAAGACCAAUCCUCCAAAGUACAACAAGCAGAUUUGUGAUGACAAACAUGAAAUUAACCAGCUGAAGAUAUGUCCUGUGAUAGUGACCUUGAAGAUGCGUGGAGAGGUUCAGCUGGCGGCGAUUUGAUUCUGUUUUUCUGGUUAGAGAAGAGUGCCCGGUCUGAAGGGAUUGAUUCGGUUAAAAUCUAGAACUGCCAGACUUGCAAUUUGAUGGUGAUUGCUCACCUGAUACUCUCCACCUUGUGUUUUACAGCAGGCUGUGGUGUCACCCAUGUCCUUGAAAGGCUGGUAAUUUAGUGCUGGCAAAGCUGAAGUAAUGAGCUGACUCUGAUUUUUUUAGGGGUCUCUCCAGAUGUUCAGGUGGAAAUGGAUGAAAUAUUAUUUUCUACAUAUAAACGCAAUUCUAGUCAGCAACUGAGCCAUAACGUAUGCAAAUACUGCUGGUCCGCUGCUUUUUAAAACUGCAGGAAACGAGAGUUUUUGGUAACGCUGCCUGUGUCUUGGGACUUUGAUCAGCUAACUCAGCUUUGGGCUAUCUUUGACUACCCUCUUUUGUCCAGCCCCACAUGACAACAUCUCCUGACAACACUUCACAUGUCAAUAUAAUCACUGGAUAAAUAAAUGAUGCUUCAUUUUUAGUGGCAUUUGUUUUGAUUUCAUCAGUAAUCACUUUGAACCAAACCCCUUUUCUAAAUGAAAUUAUUCAGACCAGCACUGACGUAGCCCCAGUCUAUUAACAGAGAAUGAUGGACUCAUGAGAUGUAAUCAAUCCUGCUGGUAUUUUUCU